AAUAGACACAACCUUCAAAGUAUUAGUGAAAAUUAACUCUAAAUUAGCAUCCACCACCAAAAAAAAAAAACCAUGGAGCUCUUCUUCUUGGCUAGCAUAGCCCUUAUUUCCUCCUUAUCUCUACCUUUUCUCUAUCUAUUCUAUAGGCAUUAUUCGACCUGGGGGUACAAGCUACCCCCAGGAUCGAUGGGAUGGCCCGUGGUGGGCGAAUCCCUAGAGUUUUUCUCUACCGGUUGGAAGGGAUACCCGGAGAAGUUCAUCUUUGAUAGACUUAAAAAGUACAAACCUAGCCAAGUGUUCAAGACUUCCAUCUUUGGUGAAAAGGUUGCAAUUUUAUGUGGCGCGACAGGUAACAAAUUCUUGUACUCGAACGAGAACAAGUUAGUACAAGCUUGGUGGCCUAAAUCAGUUGACAAGAUCUUUCCUGCUGCCACCCAACAUUCCUCCAUAGAAGAAGCUAGGACUAUGCGGAAGCUUAUCCCUCUUUUCCUUAAGCCCGAAUCUUUACAAAGGUACAUACCCAUCAUGGACACCAUAGCCACCAGGCACAUGGAGUCCGGGUGGGAGGGCAAGGACAAGGUAGAAGUGUUCCCAUUAGCUAAGCGAUACACCUUUUGGGUGGCUUGUAGGCUCUUCUUGAGCAUUGAGGACCCGGUCCAUGUAGCCAAGUUCGCGGACCCCUUCAAUGAGAUAGCCGCAGGGAUCAUAUCCAUCCCAAUAGAUCUCCCAGGGACACCGUUCCACAAAGGGAUCAAAUCUUCUGAAAUCGUAAGGAAAGAGUUGAGUGCAAUUAUCAAGCAAAGGAAAUUAGACUUAGCAGAUGGCAAAGCUUCACCUACACAAGAUAUUCUAUCUCAUAUGUUGUUAACUUCUACUGAUGAUGGGAAGUUUAUGAAUGAAAUGGAUAUUGCUAAUAAAAUUUUGGGACUUCUUAUUGGUGGACAUGAUACUGCUAGUGCUUCUUGUACCUUUAUUGUCAAGUUUCUUGCUGAACUUCCUCACAUCUAUGAAGGUGUUUACAAAGAGCAAAUGGAGAUAGCAAAUUCAAAAAAACCAGGGGAGCUUCUAAAUUGGGAGGACAUACAAAAGAUGAAAUACUCAUGGAAUGUGGCAUGUGAAGUGAUGCGUUUGGCUCCUCCACUCCAAGGUGGUUUUAGAGAAGCCAUUUCCGACUUUAUGUACAACGGGUUCCAAAUUCCCAAGGGCUGGAAGCUAUAUUGGAGUGCAAAUACAACACAUUUGAACCCAGAAUUUUUCCCUGAACCGACGAAAUUCGACCCAUCGAGGUUCGAUGGGUCCGGGCCAGCACCAUACACAUUCGUACCCUUUGGAGGGGGACCAAGAAUGUGCCCAGGAAAAGAGUAUGCAAGACUAGAGAUAUUGGUGUUCAUGUACCAUAUUGUCAAGAGGUUUAAAUGGGAAAAAGUGCUUCCUAGUGAGAAAGUUAUUGUUAAUCCCAUGCCUAUUCCGGAGCACGGCCUUCCCGUCCGCCUUUUCCCACAUCCUCAAACCACGGUUGCUUAAUUUGAUUAGGAUUCGGGGAUUCUCCUCAUACUAUUUUUAAACUCUUGAUCUAAAUAAAGUAUAAAUUUAAUUUAAUUUAACAAGUAUCCUUUGUAUGUUUAGUAUUGCCCUUCGUAUUACCCUAUAUUAUACUCCUUACGUCUCUAAAUUAAAAGUUAUUUCUCUUUA